AUGUGUCGAGCGCAGGUGGACGCAUGGACUGCAGGCGCUUUGGGCCAUUUUUGCAAUCUUGGUAGCUACGCCGGCGUCAUGGCUCGAGUGAAGGCGGUGCAGCAAACCAUUGCGACUCUAGCAUGGCUGAGUAGUGGCGUGGCCGCCGCUGCUGCUGCUGCUGCUGCUUCGCACGGCGCAUCCCAAGUCAGCCUACCGGGCUAUGGAAGCUUCGUCGGCACCACCAUUUUCGAGACGCUGACACAGAAACGUCUGGCCCGGCCCGUCGACGCCUGGCUCGGAAUCGACUAUGUCUCGCAGCCCGUGGGAGAGGCCCGGUUUGCGCCUGUCGGACCCCCAGCGGCCUUUGACGGCACCAAGAAUGCAACGCACUAUGGCUUCUCGUGUCAUCAGGAUCCCAAGGAUAUCACCUACGCCGUCAACGAGGCAUGUCUGAACAUGAAUGUGUUUCGGCCGCAGAAUGUAUCGGCGCAUGAUAAACUUCCCGUACUGGUCUGGAUCCAUGGCGUAAGUUUGGCCAUCAAUUCCCUGGGCUUUCUUCCCUCGCCCGUAUUUGAGCGCUUGGGCCUUUUGAAUCUGGGUCUGCGGGAUCAGCAGAUGCUAUUUGAAUUUGUGCAAAAGUACAUUUCUGCUUUUGGGGGAGAUGGCUCGCGCGUGACGAUUGGGGGACGCUCUGCAGGUGCACACUCGGUCGGCAUUCACCUCUUCCACAACUACAACUUGACCCAAGGCCCGUCGCCGCUCUUUUCCCAAGCCAUCUUGCAGUCGGGAAGCGUGACUGCGCGAGCAUUCCCCAACGCUUCGUACCCACUGUACCAAGAGCAAUUUGCGCGGUACCUAGACCUUACGGGAUGUAGUUCCGUCGCCAACAGCAGCGACACGGCGAUUCUGGCUUGCCUGCGGGCGGCGCCCAUAUCCGCGAUUGAGGCGGCCAGCACAGCGCUCUGGCGGGCAUCCGAGUAUCCCAUUGCAUGGCCAUUCCAGCCCACGCGAGGCGGGCCUCUCCUUGAGCAAGCGGGCUCCGUUUCAGGAGUCAAAGGCCAAUUCUACCGCAUCCCGACCAUUACCACCAACGUGCCCAACGAGGCAAAGUACUACGCUCCGGGCAACAUCACGAGCAACGAGCAGUUUGUGGGCUUCUUGAAAAACCUCAUGCCAGGCCUGAGCUCCGAGGACAUGGCCGAUGUCGAGUCGCUGUACCCCGAUGCGACGGACCAAGUCAACGGGCCGUAUGUGUUUAGUCCCAACUCGACGCAGUAUGAGCGGCUCUCGGCAGCGCUGACGGAUUACAUGUACGUAUGUCCUGGACAGGAGACGGCAGUGCGCAUGGGCGGGGCGGGGGUGCGCGUUUACAAGGGCGUGUUUGCGGUGAACAAUACGUUUCCGGCGUGGAAGGGGAUAGCGCAUACAGCCGACACAAAGUACACGUGGGCUGAGCCAGGUGGGCGAGGCGGGGUGCAGUAUCCGGAUGUAGGCAAGCAAGUGCUGAAUGCGUACUUUAGCGAUUUUGUGGCACUGGGAGAUCCCAACAUGGGGCGCAGAAAGGGACUGCCGGUUUGGCCGAGCUAUGUCGACGAGCAGGAAAAGGGGCUGCCUGGGUUGCAGAUGCGCAUCAGACCAUUUGGCGAGAGUGGCGUCGAGGGCGAUGCCAUUAGGAGGGUGCCAUGUGAGUGGUGGAGGGACGAGAAGCGUGCCGCUAGAUUGGACAAGUGA